AUGGCUUACUCGGAUCAGCCAGACAGCAGCACAGGUGACCAGCACGGCUCACUCAGACCAGCCAAGACAGCAGCCCAGCUGAUCAGCAUGGCUCACUCAGACCAGCCAAGAGAGCAGCAUGGCUCACUCAGACCAGCCAAGAGAGCAGCAUGGCUCACUCAGACCAGCCAAGAGAGCAGCAUGGCUCACUCAGACCAGCCAAGAGAGCAGCAUGGCUCACUCAGACCAGCCAAGAGAGCAGCAUGGCUCACUCAGACCAGCCAAGAGAGCAGCAUGGCUCACUCAGACCAGCCAAGAGAGCAGCAUGGCUCACUCAGACCAGCCAAGACUGCAGCAUGGCUCACUCAGACCAGCCAAGAGAGCAGCAUGGCUCACUCAGACCAGCCAAGAGAGCAGCAUGGCUCACUCAGACCAGCCAAGAGAGCAGCAUGGCUCACUCAGACCAGCCAAGAGAGCAGCAUGGCUCACUCAGACCAGCCAAGAGAGCAGCAUGGCUCACUCAGACUAGCCAAGAGAGCAGCAUGGCUCACUCAGACCAGCCAAGAGAGCAGCAUGGCUCACUCAGACCAGCCAAGACUGCAGCAUGGCUCACUCAGACCAGCCAAGACUGCAGCAUGGCUCACUCAGACCAGCCAAGAGAGCAGCAUGGCUCACUCAGACCAGCCAAGAGAGCAGCAUGGCUCACUCAGACCAGCCAAGACUGCAGCAUGGCUCACUCAGACCAGCCAAGACUGCAGCAUGGCUCACUCAGACCAGCCAAGACAGCAGCAUGGCUCACUCAGACCAGCCAAGACAGCAGCAUGGCUCACUCAGACCAGCCAAGAGAGCAGCAUGGCUCACUCAGACCAGCCAAGACUGCAGCAUGGCUCACUCAGACCAGCCAAGAGAGCAGCAUGGCUCACUCAGACCAGCCAAGACUGCAGCAUGGCUCACUCAGACCAGCCAAGACUGCAGCAUGGCUCACUCAGACCAGCCAAGACUGCAGCAUGGCUCACUCAGACCAGCCAAGACAGCAGCAUGGCUCACUCAGACCAGCCAAGAGAGCAGCAUGGCUCACUCAGACCAGCCAAGAGAGCAGCAUGGCUCACUCAGACCAGCCAAGACUGCAGCAUGGCUCACUCAGACCAGCCAAGACUGCAGCAUGGCUCACUCAGACCAGCCAAGAGAGCAGCAUGGCUCACUCAGACCAGCCAAGACAGCAGCAUGGCUCACUCAGACCAGCCAAGACUGCAGCAUGGCUCACUCAGACCAGCCAAGAGAGCAGCAUGGCUCACUCAGACCAGCCAAGACUGCAGCAUGGCUCACUCAGACCAGCCAAGACAGCAGCAUGGCUCACUCAGACCAGCCAAGACUGCAGCAUGGCUCACUCAGACCAGCCAAGACUGCAGCAUGGCUCACUCAGACCAGCCAAGACAGCAGCAUGGCUCACUCAGACCAGCCAAGAGAGCAGCCCAGCUGACCAGCAUGGCUUUCAUCAACUGA